AUGAAUGAUGCAGGUGCAAGGGGUAAAUGUGCAGCAUGUAAGUACCAAAGAAAACGAUGUCAAGAGAAUUGUCCGUUAGCUCCAUUUUUUCCAUCCAAUAAAUUUGAGGAUUUCAAAAAUGUUAAUCGACUUUACAAAGUAAGAACUAUCAUAGAGAUGCUUAAUUCUGUUGCUGACAAUGAGAAAAAGGCAAAAAUGGUUGAAACCCUAAUUUUAGAGGCUAAGAUUAGAUCUGAAAAUCCUGUGUACGGGAGCAUUGCCAUUCAAAAUAAAUUGAGGUUACAAAUUGAAGAAACUAUGAAGGAGAUUGAUUUAGUGAAGAAAACAACCGAUUAUUUCAAAGAAUUGCGUAAAAGAGCAUUCUGCCCCAAGGUUUUCAAGUACAACUUUGUUGUGUACCUCGAUAAAGUUCACACUCCAACGAAUUUGGGGCAGGAUAACGUUUUCCAAGCAAUCAACAGAUUUUUAGGGGCAUUAACAUAUUAA